GAUGAAUUUUUCACACUUUGAACUUUCACCAUCAAAACAACCCAUCUCGCGCACACAGGGAGUACAGACAGCAGUAUUUUUUUCGUACAGAAUCUGAAAAAAAAGUAGCAAUGGCUUUUGUUGAUGCUAAAAACGAUUGUCUUCAGAAAGAGAGGUUUUCUCUACUAUUACUUGAACCGGGUGAAAUAUAUCUUGAGGACUACAGCGUGUAUUACUAUCGCAAUGAUUUAUCAGAGAAUGAAGCAAUUCAAAGGAAAGUCCGAGGUCGUCUAAAAGUGUGUUCCAAAUCCAUCGUCUUUACGCCGCAAGAUUCUCGUUAUCCUAUUGUAAAGUUUAUACUUAGAAACUGUGACAGAAUUUCUCGUUGGACUGGCGCCCUUCUUUCAAAACUUGGUAAUAAUGUUAUAGCCAUAGAAUCCAGGCAGACAGUAGAAAUGAAACAUGAUGAUGUAAUAGGACCAUACCAUUUUAAUAAGGAAAAUAGCAAAUAUAUGUUCUCCCUCAACUUCGUCUCUCCUGAGAAGGUUCUACCACAGAUGUGCCAACUUCAUCGGGCCUCGCAGCUCACGCCGGCAGAUCAGAAUGCAAUGGUAUCGACCAUUAUUCAGUCUCUACAAAACAGGGUCAGUUUCGAUACCAGUUGGCUUGGCAACCUGUACGAACAACUCGUCAUGGAAACAAGCUGUGAUCGAAUCUCUCCCCUUGUUGUGAACCCUGGUCGAAUUAUGCUGACCUCAUCACGACUCUACUUUCAGCCGUUUAAUAACCUAGAACCAGAUCCAGUCACGAAGAUUAAUUUAUCACAAAUGAAGCGAAUCGUAAAACGUAGAUUUUUACUACGGCAGGUGGGCUUAGAGAUAUUUUGUUCCAAAGAUUCUUUAAUAGCUGACAUGUUUAUAGUUCUUCCAUCACCAGUAGAACGAGAUCAACUUUACAAUAAGAUGAUAGAGCAAGAUGAUGUAAGUUUGAUGGAGAAUGAUAAGCAAAAUAUGCUUUUGAAAUGGCAAAGUGGGAGUGUAUCCAAUCUUGAUUAUCUGCUAUAUCUAAACAGUGAAGCAGAUCGCAGCUUUAAUGAUUUUACGCAAUACCCAGUCUUUCCAUGGAUAAUAGCAGACUACACCAGUCCAACCCUUGACCUGAAUGAUCCUAAAACAUUCCGUGAUUUGAGUAAACCAAUAGGAGCUCUAGAUGCAAAGAGGUUAGCAAGAUUUAAGGAAAGAUGUGCUGACAUGCCUGAGCCUCGGUUCCUGUAUGGUUCCCAUUACUCCACCCCUGGAUAUGUUUUGUAUUACCUGGUUCGAGUCGCUCCAGAGUACAUGCUUUGUUUACAGAGUGGCAGGUUUGACCAGCCUGACAGACUCUUCAACUGCAUUCAAGAAACAUGGGGAAAUGUUCUGUCUCUCCCAUCCGAUGUUAAGGAGCUUAUUCCGGAGUUCUACCUGCCGGAAUAUGCAGACUUCCUUGUUAAUAAGCAGUCGUUGAACUUGGGUGUAAGACAGGAUGGAUCAAAGGUCAACAACGUGGAGUUACCACCAUGGGCUACAGACGCUAAAGAUUUCUGCACUAAGUGUCGGGAAGCCCUGGAAAGCGACUAUGUAUCCACACAUCUACACAAAUGGAUUGAUCUCAUAUUUGGCUUCAAACAACGCGGCAAAGAAGCUGAAAAAUACGACAACUUGUUCUACUAUCUGACCUAUGAAGGUGCUGUUGAUAUAGAAAGUAUCAGGGAUCCAAAUGAGAGAGCUGCCAUCAAGGCUCAGAUUAUGGAGUUUGGCCAAACCCCCAGGCAAUUGUUUACCAAGCCCCAUCCUACAAGGUUUCCGUCAGCCAAAACUGAACAGCUUGAUACAAGUCCAGAAAAUGGUCAAUUAGAAGUAGAUGAUGACGAAAAUGAUGAGGAGGAAUAUUUAGAUGAUGAUGUCAUAGAAAGUGAGGUUGUUGACCAGUAUGAGUGUGUAGAAGAUGAAUUACCACAGACGAAGGAUUGGUCACAAUUAGCAAACCUUUUACCAUAUCAACGUCACAAACUGCAUCGGGACACUGUAACAUCACUGUGUUUGUCUGCUGAUAAUAAACAUGUGUAUUCUGUAUCACAAGCUGGAGUUUUUAAAGUAUAUUCAUUUGAGGAGCAACAGCAGGUUCGUGGAAUCAACCUGUCGUCGAUGCCACUAUCUUCCAUCAUCUUACUACCAAAUGAGAAACUUGUGCUGAUUGCCAGUUGGGAUGAUUCUGUGUAUUUAUAUUCAAUGGAAUAUGGACGUGUCGUAAGCCAGUUAACACUACAUGAUGAUGCUGUUUCAGCCAUGUGCUGGCAAGAUAAUAUGCUUUUUACAGGAUCAUGGGACUCUACAAUCAAGGUGUGGGCUUAUGAUCCGGAAGCUGAUCCAAAGAAGCUUGCUGUUAAACCCAUUAUGGAACUUGAUCAUGAAUCAGGGGUUAGCUGUAUUCAUGUAAACAGUAAUAAUUCACAAAUCUUAAGUGGUACCAAAGAUGGCAUUGUCUACUUAUGGGAUGUUGAAUGUCAGUCAGUUCUCCGCCAGACGCAGUCUCAUGUUGGCGCAGUAACCUGUGUAAAAUUUAGCAUAGAUGGUCAGCGAAUGGUUUCAUGCGGUGAAGACUGCUACAUGCGUGUUGUUGACAUUAACACCGGAACUGAGAUACUCGCCAAGGACUUAGGCCAGAAUAUCAGCUGUCUAUGUUGGCCCCAAAAUUACUUGAUAGCCGGUGGGCAGGGCGAGUUACUUGUUUGGGACAUGGCCAAGGCACAGUUGGUGACAAAGAUCAAGGCGCAUGGUAGUAUGAUUGCUUCAAUGUAUAUGGGUUCAGAUUUACACCUGGUCACCGGUGGGGAGGACAGGAACGUCAUAUUAUGGAAGAGGUCGUAAGGAAAAGCAGAACGUGGAUGCUAAUGGUUCUAACAAUACUUCAUAGAUAUAUUACUGCCAAGACUUUGUUUCGCAAUUGAAUGUGCAGACAAGUUCCCGCUGUCCUGUUGUGUUUGCUUAGGGUUUGUUCACAAUUAUCAAUUAUUUUCACAAGUGUACAAAUAGUACGCAAUAGGAAGGGGGAGGGGGGUAGACAAAUUUGUACACUUUUACAUAUGUAUUUAAAUUGUUAUGACCA